UGGUGUCACUCAGCGCGCCAGAGAAGCGAUGCCUUUCGCAGAGGGUAGAGUUCAGGGCUGGCCGACUUGGCUGACGCACCUCAGCCAAGAGGACGAAUUGGGACCGAGAGCGGAGGGGAGUCCUGCCCCGGCCGUGCCGGAAGCACCGAAGGCUAAGCAACGCGAGCUGGCCUCCAUUGGUCCCGCCUCCUGUGACGUCCCAUGGCAGAGGCUUCAGGGAUUUUCCCGACAGCUUGGAGAGACAGAAUCGACCAAGAGGGCAGACAGCUGUGACCCCAAUUGGCAUUGUCAUGUCUGAAGUCACCCUGCUUUUCGCUUUUUAUAAUGUCUCAAUCGUUUGUUGCCUAAUCUCCCUUCUACACAAAUUGCUUCCACCUGGACAUUUGUACCUCGUUGACUGACAUGAAGGGAGAGAAGUAGCAAGACAGUGGUGUCUGAAGCAGCAAGUUUACUGUCUGGAAAUGUGGUCCCAAGUCCUUGCUCUACUUCUUGUUCUUGUGGCUUUCUGGACCCAGCACUCAAGCUGAAACUUCAGACGCCUCAUCUACAGAAAACUCUGCCCCAGCACUGAUGAUUCUGGAAGAGCUUCCUAACUCUUCAUCGGGAAACUGAGUCUUGAUUCUACAAGGAAGAAGGAUUCUGGGAUUCUUCUUUAUGGCUUGACACAAAGGAGUGGCCAUUGAUGGAUUGCCCUAAAAGAAAUCACCCAGUAGACAUGAUGAACAUCAAGGCCUUCACCUUGGUCUCUGCAGUGGAACGGGAGCUGCUGAUGGGCGACAAAGACCACAUCAGCAUUGAGUGUGUGGAGUGCUGUGGCAGGAAUCUUUAUGUUGGCACCAACGACUGCUUCAUUUACCACUUCCUGCUGGAGGAGAAGGCCAUGCCUACAGGGACAGCUACAUUCGUUGCCACCAAACAGCUCCACAGACACCUGGGCUUCAAGAAACCUGUGAACGAGCUGUGUGCGGCCUCAGCUCUAAAUAGGCUGCUGGUGCUCUGUGACAACUCUAUAACCCUGGUUAACAUGCUGAACCUGGAGCCAGUCCCCUCAGGAGCCCGCAUCAAAGGGGCUACAACCUUUGCAGUGAACGAGAACCCUGUGAACGGGGACCCUUUCUGCGUGGAGGUGUGCAUCAUUUCCGUGAAGCGCAGGACUGUCCAGAUGUUUCUGGUGUAUGAGGACCGAGUACAGAUUGUCAAGGAAGUGUCCACCCCAGAGCAGCCUCUUGCUGUGGCUGUGGAUGGAUACUUCUUGUGCCUGGCCUUGACCACACAAUACAUCAUCCUGAACUACAGCACAGGCCUUUCCCAGGACCUGUUUCCCUACUGCAGUGAGGAGAAGCCACCCAUCGUCAAGAGGAUAGGCAGACAGGAGUUCCUGCUGGCUGGCCCAGGAGGCUUGGGCAUGUUUGCCACUGUGGCCGGAAUUUCCCAGCGUGCUCCUGUGCACUGGUCAGAAAAUGUGAUUGGGGCAGCUGUUUGCUUCCCCUAUGUCAUAGCGCUCGAUGACGAAUUCAUCACAGUUCACAGCAUGUUGGAUCAGCAGCAGAAACAGACCCUGCCCUUUAAGGAGGGUCACAUUCUGCAGGACUUUGAAGGAAGAGUGAUUGUUGCCACAAGUAAAGGAGUUUACAUCUUGGUUCCAUUACCUCUGGAAAAACAAAUACAGGAUCUGUUAGCAAACCGGAGAGUGGAGGAGGCUUUGGUCUUGGCAAAAGGAGCCCGGAGGAACAUUCCAAAAGAGAAAUUUCAGGUAAUGUACAGGAGGAUUCUGCAGCAGGCAGGCUUUAUACAGUUUGCACAACUCCAGUUCCUGGAAGCCAAAGAACUCUUCAGAAGCAGCCAGCUGGAUGUCCGGGAGCUGAUCUCUCUCUACCCCUUCCUGUUGCCCACCUCCUCCUCCUUCACCCGGUCUCACCCUCCUCUUCACGAGUAUGCAGACCUGAACCAGCUGACCCAAGGCGACCAGGAGAAGAUGGCCAAGUGCAAGCGCUUCCUCAUGAGCUACCUGAAUGAAAUCCGAAGCACAGAGGUAGCAAAUGGCUACAAGGAAGACAUCGACACAGCCUUGCUCAAGCUGUAUGCAGAGGCUGACCACGAUAGCCUCCUGGACCUCUUGGUCACUGAAAACUUCUGCUUGCUGACGGACAGUGCUGCCUGGCUGGAGAAGCACAAAAAGUACUUUGCACUGGGGCUACUCUAUCAUUACAACAAACAAGAUGCCUCUGCAGUUCAGUUGUGGGUGAACAUUGUGAACGGGGACAUCCAGGAUUCUACACGCUCAGACCUGUAUGAAUACAUCGUUGAUUUUCUUACCUACUGCCUAGAUCAAGAGCUGGUGUGGACCCAUGCUGACUGGCUGUUGCAGAAAAGUGAGGAGAUUGGAGUUCAAGUUUUCACCAAGAGACCUUUGGACGAGCAGCAGCAGACUAGUUUUAAUCCAGACGACAUUAUUAGUUGCCUUAAGAAAUACCCUAAAGCCCUGGUUAAGUAUCUGGAACAUCUCGUUAUCGACAGGAGAUUGCAGAAAGAAGAGUACCACACCCACCUUGCCAUCCUCUACCUGGAGGAAGUGCUGCGGCAGAGGGUACCCACUGGGGGCAAGGAUGUAGAAGCCACUGAGACACAGGCCAAACUCCGGAGGCUGCUCCAGAAGUCUGACUUGUACCGCGUCCAGUUGUUAAAAGAGAAAGUCCAGGGUGCUGGCCUGCCCAUGGAAAGUGCCAUCCUCCACGGGAAGCUGGGCGAGCAUGAGAAGGCUCUGCACAUCCUGGUGCAUGAGAUGGGGGACUUCUCUGCAGCUGAGGACUACUGCCUAUGGAGCUCCGAGGGUCAGGAUGCAGCCUGCCGUCAGCGCCUCUUCCACACACUGCUCGCCAUGUACCUCCGUGCAGGUCCCUCUGCCCAAGAUCUGACCAUGGCUGCUGUGGACUUGCUGAACCAUCAUGCCAGGGAAUUUGAUGCCACCCAGGUCCUACAGCUCCUGCCUGACACCUGGUCGGUGCAACUACUCUGCCCAUUCCUCACAGGGGCUAUGAGGGACAGCAUCCAUGCCAGGAGGACCACACAGGUGGCUCUUGGCCUGGCCAAAUCAGAAAACCUGAUUUACAUGUAUGAUAAGAUGAAGCUGAAAGGAAGUGCAGUCCGGCUCUCAGAAAAAAAGCUUUGCCAGCUCUGCCAGAACCCUUUCGGUGAACCUGUGUUUGUCAGAUACCCAAAUGGAGGGCUUGUGCACACCCACUGUGCUGCCAGCAGACACACGACCCCCAGCUCGCCCAGCCCUGGCACUCGGACUUGAAAAGUGUGGUUCCAGGCUGCAAAAGGGAUUCUGAGUUCUUUUCCGAACCUGUUUUUUUGUGUGAGCCAGAACAAAGGGAAGGCAUUUGGGUGCCAGGGAAAUGCUAUCCCUGGGAAACAAGGGCACAUCACUGCUGAUUGUUCUUUGUGUGAAUGGAAAUGGAAAGGGCCUGAAACCCUCCCUCCCCACCCAGGACAGUAACAGGCCAGAGUCUACCCGUCCAGGAGGUUAGAGUCAUCCAAAGCACAAGCCAACUUUGAAAAGCAGGCAGUGUAGCCUAGGUGAUCCAGGCACGGAUGGGUCCUGGAAAUGGGGUCUGCCUGGCCCAGGCAAGCGUCCAGGAUAUAGAGGCCUGAGCUGGGCACCUUGUCUUGGAGGUGGUGUGCUCUCCACAUAGGCUCCACAUCUGCCCCUCAAGUGGACACAGCUUCUGUUCUUCCCAUCCUGCCGUCAGCCUCUGAAACCCUCUGCCUCAUUUACUUAAGCACUCACUUGGUGUAAAGUCCUGUGCUUCUGGCUUGCCUAGCACAUGGAAAUCUCUUGAGAAAGAGAGAAAGCUUGAGGUAGAUGGGAUGGUGAAAUGGUUCAGUGGGCAAAGACACUUGCCACCAAGCCUGACAAUGUGAAUUCAAUCCCCAGAACAUACAUGAAAAGAGGAGAGGUCUAAGUGGGAAGCUGCUUUGCCUGUCCUGAAGACUGCAACAGAAAAGAGACCCAGGUUUGUGAGGGAGAGGCAGGUUUCCUUUCAUCUACUUACUGACUGGAAACACCUCGACGGACAUACACAACUCAUUUUUUUUUUUUAUUUGAAUUCAUAUCAUCUGUGUAGUUUUCUCUCAUUUGGAAUUUUUUCAGUUGUACUCAUUACAGAUAUCUCUUUCCUCAUUAAAAUGUACCUCCUACUGAAUACUUGGGAAAUUCAAAGGGAAAUGUGAUCAGUAAACCAAUGAGCCUUCCACGAGAGGCUCAUGCUGGCCUCUGCCCUGUAGCAGGCAGCUGGCAGAGCUGCUUUUCCCUGUUCUGCCCACAGGUGUUUCUGCAGGCUUUUAGGAGGCCAGGCCACCUUAUCUGCCAGCACUUUCCAUGCCUGCCCUGAGCUUUCUUGAACCCUCAGAGGAAAGGUCUCAUCUGUGACCAACUGGACUUGGUGUCUGUCCUUGUCACAGACAAACUGCAGCUCUUGCCAUUUCCCUGCUCUUUGAAGUCUCAGUGCCAUCCCCGGGAUGGUGACUCUAUGAGAACCUCAGGGCAGGCAGCACACUCUCUACCAGGAUGCUUAGAAAAGAAGCCCAGUCCCCUGAGCUGACUGGGUGGCCCCAGAACAGACCCCAUCCCAUCUGCCAGGCCCUCCUCACCCCUCCCCUGUCCAUUCUUGACAAAAUGAUCUCUGCACUUGCAAUGACUGAUGUAUUUCUUGUCCCGUCGGGAUUCUGAGUAAGCCAGGAUGUAAAGGCAUCUGUGAGCGUUCAGGGGACUGACACCCUUUUCCCUACAUGUCUUGAAUGUCAAGAAUAAAUGAUGAAGUCUCCUUACAGCUCCACUGUGUCCCAAGGAUGACUGAGAACACUCUUCUCACUGCAUGUCAUUAUUACAACCUAUGAAUUGGCGGUUUAAUCUGAGCACGGUCAAACCUGAAAGCACUGUUUUUCAUGCGCAAAACAGGUGCAGUCUCAGAGAGGGCUUGUGACUGCUCACUCCUAACGUGGGACUCUAGGUUCUUCUCAUGAGUAUUGGUCGAUAAAGAGCAGCCCAGCUCCCCCACCAAAUCCUUUAAAGCAAACACUUAUACAAGGCGGAGAAUUACCUCACAUGUUACAAACUAUUAUUUCCUUACCUUCUUGGCACUCUCCCAGGGGCCAUUUCACAAAUCCCAUUUUUAAAAUGAAUACUUAGCAUAGCUUUGUCACAGCCCUGCUCUUUUGUGACUGUCCCCUGGGUAGCACAACAGCUGGUACUCGGCUCUUUCCCCCCCUUCAGCUCUGUAUGACCAUCCAAGCUGGAGCAACACUGGCUGAGCUUGGAUCACAUUCGUAUCUGGAAGAGAGCAGGAAUGUUCAAUAUGGGGCACUGUAUCUGCUGUUGCCUAUCAGGUGUUAGUGUAGGCCUGUCACCUAGGCUGUGGGCACUGGGUCUGAGCACAAGGCUGAGAGAGGCUCUGGGAGCCAUGCUUGACACUCCUGGAGCACAGAGAAAUGGGUCACACCAUCACAUGGCACCUGUUGCACACCCGGGGCAGCCCUUGCUUCCUGCUUGCUCUCCCACAGGAAUCUGUCCUCCUAACGGGUCCCAAAUCCACAAGAUGUACAAAUGUAAACUUGUUGAUUUUAUUAAAAUUCUUCUAAUUCUUUGUC